AUGAAGCUCGGCGCGGCGACGGCCGGCGGGCUGAUCGCGCUCGCGUGCGCGUGGACGCUGGUGUGCGUGAUCGCGUUCACGCGCGUGCUGGAGGGCGUGGAGCGGAGGCACGGGAGGAGCUUCGACGAGGCGCACCCCGGCUGGGCGUCGCGCAACGGCGAGGCGCGGAUCGGCGGUGCGAAUGGUGCCAAUCCCAGGCCCCGCCGGGUGGGACCGUUCGACGGCGACGACGACGGCGACGACGACGGCGGCGACGACGGCGGACCCGACGGUGCGCUCGCGACGGACUCGAGCGGCGAUUGCUACCCGACGUGCGACCCGGACGCCGCGCGGAGGCUCGACUACUGGCUCGGACACCAGGGGUUCCGCGACGCCAUGGCUGGACCGCCCAUCUUGCCGCGGUGGGAGGAGUUCCUGGCGGAGCAGGGUCCGGCGACGCACGUGGUGGGCGGGCCGGACUUUCACGGCGAGUGGGAAUCGCCCCCGGACCCGAUGGACGUGUUGAACCACUGGCUGGGCCACACCAGCUUCGAGGCGGCGAUGCGAGGGGACUUGGACGGGAUGGAGUUCGACCCUCACAGGAGGGUGUGGGUGCGCGAGGGCGGAUGGAUGGCGGGGGGGAGGAGGGCGGGGAGCAAACCCGAGGGGGAAUGGACGGUCGCCGCGCGCGAGAACGCGCGGGGGGGGGAUCCAAACGUUCUCGCGAGGAUGGACGAGGCCGUGCGCGAGUACGAACGAUCGCACGAUCGAAGCGUCGAGGAACCGGCGAGGACGGCGCCCCCGGAUGAGAGUUCUUCACAGCUGUCGUCUCAUCCCCCGGGCUCGGACGAAACGAAGAAGGGGCAUCACGAGCGUCGGCGCGAACGAAGGACCGGCCACAAGGGCAAGGGACCUCCCGCCCCCUUCGCGGGGCGCAUACGCGUGGUCAUCGCCGCGACGCCCACGCGCCGCGAGCAUCUCACGAAGGCGCUCCUCCCCGCGCUCGCCGCCGAAUCGGAAAGCGAACCGCCCAUUGAAGUCGUCGUGUCCACCUCGGAUACGCAGCUGUGCGGUCUCCUCGAGGCUGACGGCGCGCCGAUGACCAGGUGCGUCACCCACCGCGGCCGCGUGGGCGCGCCCCUCACCCCGUCCGAGCGCGAUUUCGUCAAGCGCAUACCGGGCGACUCGCGGAGCCGCUUCGAGUGGUACUGGCGGGAGACGGUGGACACGGCGGUCGCGCUGGUGACUUCGGACACAGCCGUCGAGCCCGCCAUGACGCUCUUCCUCGAGGACGACGUCGUCCCGACGAAAGCCUGGGAGACGAAGCUCCGUAGGCUCAUCGCGCCGUAUUCAUCGUCUGUGGACGGCCGUACCUGCGAGUUUGACGUCUUUGUGCUGUACGCGGAGGGUUUGGUGCAAGUCGACGACGGCGAGCGAGGCAGGUUCGCGGCGAACACCCAGGCGAUGCUCUUCUGCCCGGGGAUGGCGACGAGGUUCGCGGAGGCGAUGCUGGACCGGCUCGGGGACGCGCCCCCGGAUUGGCUCGUUCGGGACAUAAGCGCCGGAGCGGUGGACGACGGGGACGAGCCCGACGACGGCGCCGUGGGAACGCCCCCGAGGCCGCACGUGAUUCGGUUCGCCAACCCGCCGCUGUUUCAACACGGGUGCGAGCACUCGACGCUGCGGGAGAAGGCGGGGGAGGCUGGGGCGAACGUACGGGCGAUGAGCACGCACCGGAGUCGGAGCUUUCGGGAGCCGGCGAUAGGGUGCGUGCGGCACGCGCGCCAGGGGGGCGGAGGCGCGUGAGUGGUCGGGGCGGCGGGCAUCAUAGCGCAGUAGUCCGCAGUAGUAGUGGGGAGUUGUUCAACGUCGUGAUGAAUAUCGUCGA